CGGUCCAAGAGAAGACCGGAAACUUCCGGUCACUCAGUGAUGGUUUUGUAGAUUUCUACAGUUUAAUUAUAAUUGGUUUAUUACCAUCCUCAUCCUUCGACAGAUACCAUGCAAAGCGCACCGAAAAGAGCCCAUGAAGAAAUGAGCCUGCUGGUCCUCAAUGAUCACAACGCGUGGUAUUACCCCUCGCAAGGCUUGAGUUCAGAUGACGAAGACUUGACAGUCAGCAUAGUGGGCGGAAACUGGGGAAACAAGACGAGGAAAGGCAGCCGAUGGGUUCGCAAAGGAAAAAUGGCUGCAUGGGGCCCCGGCAUGGACGACUGGGAGGCUGAGGACCGUGCACGUAAACGCAUUAAAUGUCUAUUACCCGACAGAAGAUCGCCUUCCCCGCCUUGCCUUCCUCAUAUGCGAUCACCUUCACCACCACUCGUCGCUCCCUAUCCACCACCUAUCGGCCAACAUUUCAGUUUCGCCUCAUUCGUUAUGGAUAAGUCUGUAACGCAUUCGUUCCGGUCAAGUUUGUUGGACGAACUGGAAUACGCCACCAAUAGUCUCAUUGAAGGAGAAGCGGUCAUGAGACGUGCACUGGGGAGGCUCUGGCAGGUCAUCAGCGAAGACCCGGACAAACAGUUGGACGAGGAGCGUGUCAUCCCGAAACAGGAAGAGCAGGAAGAUAUUGGAGACGAAGAAGACGAGCAGGAACGUAGGAUUGCCCGCGCUCCAGAUCUUACCCCGACAGCUCAUAAGCUUUUCCUGGUUUCAUAUGCUGACAACGGUCCACCUGUGAUCGACCCAUCACAAUUUGCUUCCCCGGAGAUGCAGCAAGACAAUCUAGAAAAGUCUCUAGCGACUUUGCGGGAGCUACAGGACGAUGGGCGGGAGUAUGUCGAGCGGCUUCAGGAGAUUAGGGAGGGCCUCGGAGACACUCGGGCACAACGGAAUAUCAUCUGGGAGAUGGUGCGGGAAAAGGCUGUAAAGGAAUUACAGGAUGCAGCCUUCAGCGUUGCUAUGGACUGAUAUGAUCGUUUGGCAACGAUGAACAGGUCAUAAUAAUUGCAUAUUCUACAUUUUAGUACCAGGGAUGCUGCCCUGAGCAGUAAUAAUAACAUCCAUCCGAGUUAC